CACAGGCAAAUGGACUAGUUUCAGAAACCUGGUCAGCAUAAAUCAGUUGGACCAAAGAGUCUCUUUCUGUUUUGUAUGACUCUAAAAACAAUAGGGUUCCCCUUGUCCUCAUCUACCAUCCAACAGCAUCUACAUCCAAAGAACCAUUGGCCACCAUUUCUGCCACCUCCAGACACACAUUUCUCUUCCCUCCCUUGUCAGCCUUCUGUAGCAAUCAUUCCCUCCAGAACACUUAGGUCCAUUCCUGGUACCUUCCCUUGCAAACGCAGAUGGUGCAACACUGGCCCACUUUCUUCCUCCCUCCUCACUAUCCAAGGCCCCAGCCAUACCUUCCAGAUGAAGCAGUGAUUUAUCUGGACUUCACUGAGUCUAAUCUGAUGUAUUCACUGCUCACAGUGUGGUCUCCUCUACACUGAGAAGAUGAAACAUAGACUGGGCAGUCACUUUGCAGAACACCUACAUUCUGUGCACAAAAAUGAGCGAGAGCUUCCUGACACCUGCCACUUCAACACACCACCCUGUUCCUGGGCCAAAAUCUCUGUCUCAAGCUUGCUGCAGUGCAAAGGUAAAGCUCAGCACAAGCUGGAAGUUCAGCGCCUCAUUUUCCUCUUGGGAACUUUACAGCUUUCUUGACUCAAUGCAGAGUUCAGUAAUUUUAGGACUUUAGGAACCUUCUUCCAUGUCUUUACCCCUAACCCCACACACCAGACCUUAUCAUCACAUGGACCAGUAUCUCACACAACCCAUUGUCAGCUACUGAUCUUCCUUAUUAGCAAAUAUACAUUCUCCCAGGCUGACCCAGACCCACUCCUUUGUCCAACUGUUUUUGACUUUGGGCUGUAUCUCCACCUGUCAUUUACUCUUUUCCCCCAAACCUAUAUUUUGUAUUAAAAAAAAUUCUUUUUUCUGGCUAUUAUUAAUUCUGAGGAAGGGUCACUCUUGAUUUCUCUGCACAGAUACUGUCAGACUUGCUGAGUUUUUUGCAGUAGUUUCUGUUUGUUCCUCUCAUCCCUGGGAGCCUGCAGUCACGGUCGGUACCAGCUGAUGGCGCUGCUGGCGGAGGCCGCGGUGUGGCGAGCGGCCCCUAAAGCCGGGAGAGCGGGCGGUGGGUCAGUCAGUCAGUCAGUCGCCGAGGAGCGGGGUGUCUGGCCGCGGAGAAAUGGCUGCCCCUAUGCUUCUGGUGAUCUGCAGUUUGAUAUUUUGGGUAUCGCUUUACCUCUCCUUCUGUCAGUUUAACAAUCAACAGCACUAUGAAUGGAACUGCCGUCUGGUAACCCUUAUACAUGGAGUCUUCAUUGUUUGUUUCUCUGCAUAUGUUGGAUUUAUCGAUGGGCCAUGGCCCUUUACCCAUCCAGGCUCUCCAAACACUGAGCUUCAGACUCAAGUGCUGUGUCUGUCAUUGGGUUAUUUUAUAUUUGAUAUGUGCUGGUGUAUUUAUUUUCAAACAGAGGGUCUGAUGAUGCUCUCUCACCACUGUCUCAGUAUCCUUGGCAUUGUCAUGGUGCUGGCUUUGGGACACUCAGCUGUUGAAGUCAAUGCUGUCAUCUUUGGCAGUGAACUGACCAAUCCUUUCCUCCAAAUCCGCUGGUUUCUUCGAAAAUCUGGCCAUUACCACUCCGUGCUGGGAGAUAUUGUUGACUUGCUGUUUGUGUUGCUGUUUAGCUGUGUGCGGAUCGGGAUUGGGGGCAGGCUGCUGUACUGUGAGUUAACUUCCCCUGUACCCCUCCCUGUUGUGAAGUUGGCAGGAGUCGCCAUGUAUGCAGUGUCCUGGUUGUUCAUGCUGAGCAUUGUCAAGUUUGCUUGGAGGAAGAUUAAUCACAAAUACAAGACAUGGAGAGAGUGGAGCAGAUGCCCUUUUCAUCUAUACGCCAAUGGACACGUAAAUAAAGCUUGCUAGCUUAUAGCACUGGUGAAAA